AGCUAUCAAUAAAUGCAAAAAUCAUUCGUGGGAACUUUGUGUUUAAAAUAAAGAAAUAUUUUUUACCAUCUAGUCCAGUAAGGCAGCAAUUCCGUCGUCCUCAAUUUAUCGAAAACAGGAAAAAUAUGUGCUAGAAAGUGCAAUCGUGCGGAAAGCUUUGGAAGAACAUUUGAGCAAGGAAUUCAUUUGAGCGGAGGAAACCCGACCCCAUCAGCAGACCUACUUCAAAAUGUCGAUCAUGGACAGAAUCAGACAAUCGUACUGGGUCGAAAACGUCCCAAGGCGAAACAUUAUCGCGACACUGGUCGCAUCAUUAUUGUUCUUCUCCGGAUGGUGGAUUGCAAUUGAUACGGCCGCCGUGCAUCCGAAGUCGUGGGACUUCUCCUACUACAUCUGUGGCAUCCUGGCCACGAUCAGCUUCUUCAUGGUCAAUUCGAUCUCGAAUGAAAUGCUCCACGGUGGUGCAGGCUAUACCGGAGGUGUCCUCGGCGAAAGCGGUAUCAAGGUGUUUCUGUUCGUGGGCUUCGUGCUGGGAUUCGCCUCGAUCAUUGCUGCCAUUUGGAUCAUGAUUGCCGAGUUUGCCGUCAACGAUGAUAAGACGGAAAAGGGUCCUGGUUAUGCACUGCUGGUGCAUAACAUCUUCAUCUUCUUCUCAUCGAUCAUCUAUAAAUUUGGCCGUCACAGCGACGACCCAUACGCUGCUGGAGUCUUCUAAGGGCUCGUGAGGAGAGUGAUCUAAAUGAAAAGGAUGGAAGCAAAGAGGAUUGAAUGAAUUUUUUUUUCCUGAACGUGCCGCCGUGAUUGGUUAGAAAUACAAAUCUACGACAGCAUUUCCACAUAUAUAUUUUUUUUCUAACAAAAAUUUGUGUUUCAUCGAAGUACUUCGUAGUCAUAAUGCAGGAAUGGUUUACAAUGCGAAUUGUAUGUUUUUGUUCGCGAACGUAAUAAGAGUUUAUUUUCUAACGGAGCUGUUCCGAUUGGCAGGUGAUAUCUCGUAAUAUAAUUUCCGUCGCAAAAAUUAGCUUCAUUAGUCAUGUUUUAACUAUACAACUUAUGCAAGAUAAAACCGAUUCUUCAACUCAAAACUUCAUAACGAUUAAAGCAGAUGGUUGAUGAUCAAUAAUAAGUGAAUGAUUCAUAAUAAAUCUUCAGCUGCAAAGACUCAAUAUUGAACACAGAAAAUGAAAAUAUGAAUCGACUAAAGUAAUGGCACUGUAAUGAAGACGCUGAUAACUUUUUUUUAAAUACAUAUGUAAAAACUAUUCAUACCCAAACAU